AUGAGGAAAGGUAAGGUAGUGAUAAAAAGGAUAGAGGAUAGGAUAAGGAGACAAGUGACAUUCGCAAAGAGAAGAAAGAGUCUGAUGAAGAAAGCACAUGAACUCUCUGUUCUCUGUGAUGUCCAUCUUGGUCUCAUCAUCUUCUCUUACUCCAACAGGCUCUACGAUUUCUGCUCCAACACCACAAGCAUGGAGAAUCUCAUCAUGAGAUACCAAAUGGAAAAAGAAGCUGGUCAUACUCAUACCUCUGCAGACCACAGUUUCCAUCCUGCAGAUCAGUGUUCAAACUGUGCGAAGACAAAGGAAACAAUGAUGAGAGAGAUCGAGAAUCUGAAGAUGAAUCUUCAAUUGUACGACGGACAUGGCUUGAAUCUCUUAACCUACGACGAUCUCCUCCGUUUUGAGCUCCAUCUCGAAUCUUCUCUCCAACACGUUCGAGCUCGUAAGUGUGCGUUCAUGCAGCAACAAAUAAACAAGCUUAAGGGAAAGGCAAAGGAAACAUUCAUGGAUGAUUAUGAAGAAACCCAACAUUUUUCCCUUCCGGUGCAACAAGGAGGAAGCUCUUGGGAGCAACUGAUGUGGCAAGCAGAGAGACAGAUGAUGACGACGUGUCAAAUACAAGACGAUGAUGACGUCACACGCCGGCAAGUGAAGAAGGAGUUCCUCCUUUUUGACCGUGAAGAAGAAGAACACCACCAACCCAUCAUCGGCGCUCUCCAGCUCGUCCAGCUGCCACAGCCUUCACCACAACCAGCCCGAACCCAAGGCCCAGUAUCAGGCCCAUAA